AUGCUUGAUAGACUGCCAACAGAACUUCAAGAAAUCAUCAUUUACCAUCUAAUAGAUUUAACUUAUCGAGGAACUCGACUUGAUCCAUUGAAAAGAAGGAGUGAUACAGAUGUUGAAGCUCUUACAUUGAUCAAGUUAUCUCAAGUGAAUUCAAAGCUACAUCAGAUCUGUAGGCCUAUCCUCUGGAAGAAUAUCACAUAUAUUCGAAAAAAACCAUCACAACCUGGUCAUAAAUUAAAAGAAUAUUGUGAUCAACUUUCAUCUCAUCCACAUUUCAAUACCGAAGCUCAAAACGUUCGUUAUUUAAAAAUCAAAACAUUCUUUGUUGUAGAAGAAGUUUUAUUAGGACUCUCUUAUGAUCUUGCACCAAGUCUCAAACAUCUCUUUUACAAAUCUCAACAUCUUAACAUUCAACAUAUAAGCUUAUGUAUUGGGGUCUUUUUGACUGGUUCUAUGGAAGAAGAACUUUUGGAUUCAAAGGAUCAAUUCUUUAAACAUUUUCGAUAUUUCUAUAGGAGUAUCAUUAAUUCUUUGAAGAAUUUCUCUCAUUUGACUUCUUUGGAAGUCUCUGGAACUUGCUUUUGUUUUUUAUCUGAGAAUGAAAUCGGUCAAUGCGUUCUUCAUCUUCCUAAUCUCACUCGAUUCCGAGCACAUGGCUAUUUCAUGCAUGGUUCGAACGAGGAUCAAAUCCAAGGCUUAAGGCUUGGUCAGUGCCUGGCCUCGCUUACUCUAUUAGAACAACUCUCCCUAGAAAAUAUGUCAGAUCCGGAUUCUAGUUGGUGUGAAUUGGAUUGGAAGGGUCCUCUGGAAACUUUACAUUUAAAACAUUGUUCGAGUUUUGAUGAUCAUACACUGUGUAAAUUGAUCUUCAAGCUACCUACUCUGAAGAAAGUUCGAAUCGUCAAUUCAUCCUCACUUCCUGCCGAAAAAAAGAACGAUGGAAACCCAAUGAUUUUACAACACUUGGAAAGCUUCACAUCCUUUGGAAGUCUGGAUCCUGAACUCAUCAAUGUCUUGUCAAGUGCUCCCAAUCUUCAAAAGAUUCACUUACACACUGGUCUUGCGCGUUUCAAAGUUCCUCAGAAAAUCAAGACUUCUAUACAAGCACAUCACACCGUUUGGCCCAGAUUGAAAUCAAUGGUCUUAUCAUAUAUCCAUCCAAGGAAUCCAGAUAGAAUCUUUCUUGAGAAUUGGGCACGUAAAUGGAAUAUCAGGAUCAAGUUUCACCGGAAUGUCAUGUCAUAUAGCACAGCCUGGGCAAUGGGCGGUUUAGUUGAUGAUCAAGAAUUAUACCAUCAGCUUGAUAAUGCAACUGAGAUUAAGCAAAGCUUACUGAUUCUUAAAGAAAAUUCCGAACUCGAGGAGGUCCAGAUUCUUUCCAACUCUAUCCAACCAGAAGGUGCUCCUUCCGAUCUCGAUGAUGUGUCUCCAGAAUUUGAUCAGACAGAACAAGAAUCAUGGGAUGGUGGAUCAGAUAGUGAAUUAAGCUCAGUAGGGGGUUGGACUGAAUCACAAGUAGAUGGAUUUUUUCCUGUACUUUAA